AUGUCGAUUUCACGUGCUGCUCUCGCUGUCUCUCUCCUUGUGUGUUUCACCGCGCUUCUCGCUCCUCCCGGGGCGUUCGUCUCCGCGCAAAACGCUUUCCUCGUAGCGAAAGCCAAGACGCUUCGCGCCGCGGCAAAUCAGACUGCAGCGGACCUGAAAGCGGCGCAAGCGGACGCCGCAACACAAGCAGCUGAAGUCGCCGCCGCCAACCGAACUCUGUCCGAUCUGCAGGGUCCGGACCCGGCUCUCAACGACCGCAUUUCAAUGAUCGCCGAAAUGAAUAACAGCGUCGCCGAUGCGCAGUACGAUCUCGACAUCGCAAACAAAAUCCUCGUUCUCCGGAUCGCGGAUCUCGCGGCGUUUCAGGCCGAUCCGUCAACGCACCCGCAAAUCCCGGCGGCACAGAAGGCGGUCAAUGACGCGAGUCGGCGCGCGCGGAUGACGUCAAUGCUGCUAGAGGAAUGGCGGCUCGUCGUGCAAGAGUCCGCGGACGCGGAAAAAGACGCGGAAAAGGCCGUGAAGGUCAACCCGACUUCGCUGAUGGCACAGGCGGCGCUCGUGGAAGCGCAAUUUUAUCGCCAAUCUGUGGAGGAUGUGCUCCCGGAUAUUGUGGCGCAAGAUGCGCGCGCGCAAGCGCGUCUGGAUCGCGUUCAGAAGGAAUUGCUCACUCUGCUCUCGCAGGGUCCCCAGGGAGAGAGCAUUUUCCAAAUGGCAGUGGACGAUGCGAGAGGCGCGGUUAGCGCCACGCGCCUGGUGUACGAGAGCGCGGUUGCGGCAGUCGCUGACGCGCAAAAGGCCCUUGGCGACUACCUGACGAGUAAGGCAAAUGCGGUUACUGACACGAAGGCGCGUUUGGCGAAGGCGAAGCAGAGCCAGGCUGUCGCUGACAAGAAAAUCUACGUCAGCAGGCGGAUGACAGGUGGACGCUCGGUGGUGAUGACCGCCACGGAUCCGAGCCACGUGGCGCGCGGAGAGUCGACCACGAAGGAAAAUUCAGCCCAGCCGUUCGCAGAGAAGGAGGGUGUGAUUGAAGGGAAGGCCGUUUUAGCGAAGCCAUCGCAGCUGCCUCCAGAGCCUCCUAAUAAACUUACGGAGCUCUUUAAUAAGGAGGGGCAAUCCCUGUGGAUUGACAACCUGACGCGCGAUUGGGUGGCGUCGGGUCAUCUCAGGGAGCUGGUCCGACGUGGCAUCAGAGGCAUCACCAGCAAUCCUACUAUUUUCGAGAAGGCGAUAAGUGGGACUGACGUGUAUGACCAGCAGCUCCGGAACAUUUUGUUCCGCGAGGGGGUGCUGCUGGGGGGAGGGAUGUUGGAGAGCCAUGGGGAGGUGGAGAGGGGGGUGGCGGAGGGCGCUUACUGGGAGAUGGUGAAGCAAGAUAUCGGCACUGCUGCUGCUUCGUUAGAAGAGCUGUUCCGCGAAUCUAACGGUGGCGAUGGGUUCGUCUCCCUUGAAGUCUCGCCGAAGCUGGCCUACGACACGGCAGGUUCGGUGUCGCUGGCUCGGGAGCUCCACGCCGACCUGGCUCGGCCGAACCUGAUGGUCAAGAUCCCUGCCACCGAUCCUGGUGUGGCUGCUAUUCGAGAGAUGAUUUCCCGCAUGAAGAACAUCAAUGCCACUCUCAUCUUCUCUCUGACGCGCUACGGCGAGGUGAUGGAGGCUUACGUGGCAGGCCUGGAGGACGCCGUGGCAGCUGCCAACGUGGCAUCUGAGCUGUCAGCAGCCGUGUCUGACUCAGAAGCAGGCGCCCUGCCACGUGUCAACCUCUCCUCAGUCUCCUCUGUGGCUUCGUUCUUCGUCUCUCGGGUCGACAGCGCUGUUGACAAGCGUCUCAAGGCCAUCGGCACGGAGGAUGCUCGGGCUCUGCUGGGCAAGGCAGCAGUGGCACAGGCCGUGGUGGCUUAUGACAUGUUCAAAACCAAGUUCAGCGGUCCCAGGUGGAAGGCGUUGGAGCAGCUGGGGGCACGGGUGCAGCGGCCAUUGUGGGCGUCAACGGGAGUGAAAGAUCCAUCGUAUCCGGACACAAAGUACAUCGACGCUCUGAUUGGUCCGCACUCUGUGAACACCAUGCCUGACGCCACCCUGCUUGCGUUUGCGGACCAUGGGGAGGUGAAGCGCACUGUAGAUGCUGACGUGGAUGCUGCCUAUGGUGCGCUGGAUCGUCUUAAGGCUGUGGGAGUGGACAUGGAGGAAGUUGCCAAGGAGCUGGAGGCCGAUGGCGUUGCCAAGUUUGCAAAGUCGUUUGAUGACCUGCUUGCUGCUCUUCAACGCAAAGCCACCAUGAUACGCGGGGCAAGCAUCAACUAG